AUGGGAGUGUCUGUCCUUAAGAAGGCCUUUUCUCUUUAUUUAGUGAGAGUUUUUUUCAACCUAUUUGGAAUGGCUGUAUCUUGGUUGGUUAUCUCUAUUGGGUUAGAUCUUCUUUCUGAGUCAUUUGAUUUAUUUAUUCCCCGGGAGUAUCUCUUCUUUCUUAGUGGAUAUUCCCGGAAGACAUAUCAAAACACUCUUGUCAUAGCGCAGGAAUUGUAUAUGUUUGAGCUGAUUCUUUCUGUAUUCGGAAUAACUUCGCAGUGCUUUGUGACAUCUGCUAUGCAGAUAGGUUCUCGCGUAUUUAUUUCCAGAUGUGCUUGUACGCAUAACAAUAGAAUUAUCACAGGGCUAAUGGCUCUUAUAUGGGGUGUCUCUGAUAUGAUUCGCUUUUUAUACUACGGUUGUCACCUUCUUAAGAAGCCCAGAUACAUCUCUUCUUUGAUCUUGUAUCCAGUUGGAAUUUUCUGUGAGAUUUUCUUGAUGGUUUAUAUGCGAAGUAUCUUGACUCUAAUUGGCCUUGUGACAUACAUCCCAGGGAUUAGAUAUUUAUAUGGUCGCAUACGCGAGAAGAGCAAGACUGUUUCUGGGAAGUCCAAAUAA